AUGCGAGACGAACGCGGACCCCUGCAGCAGUCGGCCGUGCCUCAACGGCGGCACCUGCAGCAGCGCUGGGAUAUCCUUCUCCUGCUCCUGUCCUCAGGCCUUCACCGGCCCCACCUGUGCAGAACGNGCUACCCUGGCAAUUACCCAAACAACCGCAACUGCUCGUGGACCAUCGUAACGGUGCCUGGCAAGCGCCUCCUCUUCCACUUUGCCACCUUGGCCAUUGAGAUCGUAACGGUGCCUGGCAAGCGCCUCCUCUUCCAGUGUGCCCUACUAACCAUUGAGACGCACCCCAACUGCAGCUACGACCGACUGGAGGUGGGUGCAAUACUAACCAUUGAGACGCACCCCAACUGCAGCUACUACCGACUGGAGAUCCGCGAUGGCCUGUCACCUUCGAGUUCGGUGCUGCAGCAAUACUGUACGUCCAGCAGCCCGGCCCCGCUGCGCACGUCGGGCGCUGAAGCGGCGGUCGACUUCGUCACCGACGGAUCUCAAACGGACACCGGAUUCCAUAUAUCAUUCAGUUCAGAGUCUAUAUACCCAGGUUGCGGCGGCUACCUCACCAGUGACAUGGGUACUUUCAGCGCCCCCGGCAUGGAUGGCCGCUACCACCACAACCUGCUGUGCGAGUGGGUGAUCCGUGUGCACCCCUCCGAGACGGUGCAACUCAACGUCACCGACUUCCACCUUGAGGGAGGUGGACAUCGUUGUUACUUUGAUUACUUUGAGAUACGAGAUGGAGCGAGUGCCAGUUUCCCUCUGUUGGGUCACUACUGUGGACCUCCCUCAUCCACUCCCCCCCUCACCACCUCGUCCCUCAACUUCUUGUGGCUCAAAUUCAAAACAGACGCGUCCGUUGCCAACAGAGGCUUCCAGGCCGAUUACUGGACCGUCGACAUCCGAUGCGGGGGCAUCUUGAAGGGCCAGUCGGGCACGUUAUCCUCUCCCAACAGCCCGGGCACCUACCCCGGUAACAGUGACUGCAGGUGGAUUAUUGAAGCUCCGCCUGGCUUUGUCAUUCAGCUAACUUGGCAGCUAUUUGCCCUCGAGAACCAUCCGUCCUGCGCAUACGAUUACGUCGAGAUCUUUGACAACUCUUCGAUUGCUUUGUCUACAGCAGCCGGCAGGCAAAGCAACCCCCUACGCUACUGCGGGACCAGCCCGCCCCCCACGAUGACGUCACAAGGCGAGAUCCUGACCGUGCACUUCCACUCAGACUCUUCCCUCCACCACGACGGCUUCUCCGCCAUCUUCCACGCCCUCAACGCUUCCCAGUUGUGCGGAGGGCACUAUCACACUGAGGUGGGCACAAUAAGCUCCCCCAGAUACCCUGGACGCUACCCUCCCUCUCGCUCCUGCGUCUGGACCAUCACUGCCCCAGCUAACCGCCAGGUGGCGCUCACCUUCGAAGCUUUCGAUGUGGGCUUUAGCAGGGACUGUACGGAUGACUACGUUGAAAUCAGGAAUGGAGCGUAUGCCACAUCGCCUCUCAUCUCGAAGCUGUGUGGGGUGAACAUAACAGUGCCGGAGAUUGUGUCGCACUCACAACACCUCUUCUUAAAGAUGGUCAGCAACCAGUACUACUCCGGCACCGGCUUCAGGGCUUCGUGGGACGCGGCUUCCACUGGCUGCGGAGGAAUCAUGACAUCAGUGACUGGUGAGAUCAUCAGUCCUGGCUACCCUGAACCAUAUCACCAUCGCGCCGUCUGCUACUGGGACAUCAGAGUCAGCGAAGGCUCUCGAGUCGUCUUCCAUCUCAUUGAUAUUGAACUCGAGGCGGGACCCAACUGCGCCUAUGACUAUAUCGAGGUGCGGGAUGGAGGUUCGUCGGACAGCCCUCUGCUGGGGACUUACUGUGGAAGGAAUGCCCCCCCAAAUUUUAUGUCUUCGAGCAACGAACUUUUCGUUAAGUUCAAGACGGAUAGUUCCGUCUCGCGUUCAGGCUUCACGGCAAGGUACCAAGUAGCGUGCGGAGGUACCUUCCUUAGUCCCACGGGCACCAUCCGGUCACCUUACUUCCCCCUGCCGUACCCUCACAACCGCGAAUGUUUCUAUGUCAUCCAGCAGCCCGCGGGUAAGGCGGUCGUCUUGAACUUUACGAGCUUCGACGUCGAGGACUCGCGCUGGGCGAGCCGCUGUCUCUUCGACUACGUUGAG